CUUUGGCCUUGAUGGACAAAGGUACGCCCAGCAAGUCUGACAAACAAAUAAUAAUGUCUUACUACAGCAUCAACCUACGUUUACGUUAUUUGAAGCGUUAAUUGAAUUAAAUAGUAGGAGAAGCAGAAGUACAGCAAGAAGGAAAAUCAAAACUAUGGCAGCUGCGUCGACGUUCUGGCCUGCACGCGGAGCGGUGUCGUCCUCUGUGCCGACUUACUCCAGAUUGCGAGUGCCAAAAACGGUUGAGAAAUUGGGCGAAAGGGUAGCGCGAUGUCUCCGAAGUGUCCAUAAGCUGGACCACGCUUUGCGCUACAGAUCGCCUAUUUCCAGUGCAAUCGUAGGUGUGGAUCCACGAGGGCCGGCGCAAGCGUACUUGCGAGGCGCAGAACAGGCAGCUCUAAUCGCCGGGCUCGAGACUGCUGACAAGCCGAGGAAAAAAUAUGAGCAGCUGGCUAUUGCUCACCUGCUCUCGGCAUUGCAGAGCGCAACAAGUGGAGGUCUUCAGUCAGAAGAAUCCAUGAAGACGUCCUCUACACAAGUUGGCGCGAGAAGUCUCCUCAUAACCGGGACACGAACUUCUCUAGAACCCAAGAAAUCCGCGAUCGAUGUGACAGUCACCCGCCUGUUUAACACGUGUCUGUACCUACUGUCGCAGCCAAACAGCACUGCGUAUCAAGAAGUUGCGGCAUCUGUGCUCUUAGAAAUAGCAAGGUCUGGCAAAUGCCGGAUCGAUUUUGCAACGAAAUCCGAGUGGGAAUUGAGGGCAUCUCAGGACGCCUAUAGCAUGGCUCUGGACCUCUUGAAAUCUACCGGAAACAUGACGCUGGCAGAGCAGGUGUUUCGCGAGGCAACGUACAGACUUGAUGGCUCCUUGUGCAGUCAGGAGGAGACCCAAGAUGAAGAGCCAGCGCACGUUGUGCCAGCGAGACGUAUAGAAGAUACGACAGGGGCUACCGAAUACGAUGCCGACGGGGUACCAGUUAACGCAUCGGCAGUGGAUUGUGCGGCAGGGACCGGGCCGAAGAAAACAUUGGUGAUGCACGACAGGAGCCAGCGAGUAGUCGCGAUUCGCGACGACACGGGAUAUUAUGUGAACUGGACGAAUAUUCAUCACACGCCGGCCAUCAGUGUGGGGCCACCAGGCUACUUAUGAUUGGUGCGAACGACUAAAUCUAAAACUGGCACGUCUAGCCACUUUCUAGAAGGAGUUGUAGGUAUAUUCAGCCUUUAGAUUAUAUAACCAAGCCACGUGAACGUUUACCAAAAGUAGCCAGAGAGCAGGCCAAUUAUUGCCAUUGCUUACUUUUGAUCGAUUACAAAUACACUUACACGGGGCGGCUUCAUCCCCCACCGGCCAGCUCGUGCUUCAUUUCUGUUGGAGGAAAAGCCAUUCUGGGAUGAUGACCCGAGACUUGAGAAGCAGCUCGCGGUGAUGCGCAUGCUGCAGCCUUUCAUCAAACAGGAGCUCGAGCAUUUCCUACAGACGCGCGCGCUGGGUGCAGGUUGGGCCAUGGACGUACCAAUAAAACAACAUGAAAUCACGACUGACCUUGCAACGCAGAGGAGAUCUACAAUUAUGACACCAGUCCAGGACUGAUGCAUAUUCAUAUUCAUAUUGUUCAUUUACAUUUACUGUCCUUCAGCACAACUUGAAUAGUGCUCAUCUACUAGCAUUGUCCAACCGCGUACUAUUGAAUGCUUGCUUCUCAAUACAUCACGAGUUAUUUGUGUUUUGUGCAACGUCACGCGGAGUCGGUUGGGGUCGCUCGUAGGAAAGGCUAAUUAAAGCUACUAUCUGAAGCGUGCCCGUCUAACCCGCGUGGACUUGUUUCGAGCGGACAGGUGGAGAAGAUUUCGAUUAUGGACCAAAAGUAUCUCCGGCCUGCAAUCUUAAAAGCUAUUCCAGCUUGUUCUGAGUUGCUCCGACAGAUGGAUCCUUUUCAUUUGAAAUUGCCCUUUUCUCACGGGAAUAGUGAGGAAGCAGCGCUGGUAAAGCUUGCACCGGGAACGCGCUUUCCCCGGUGGCAAUCGCAAGGGUCCAAUCUCACGGUGACAAUGGCCGUUGGAAUCAAGAGCGACAUUGCAGAACCAAUCUAUCUAGAACUAGGCGGACAUUCAGCCGAAAAGCGACGGCAUUUGGACGAAGGAAAAACCGUAGCCUUUGCUGCAGGCUGGGAUCACAGAUUUGGCACACCAGAAGUAAGCCAGGAGGACAUCAGCUUUGGUAGUAGCAAUACCACAACUUCUUCCGGCUCCGGCAUCACUACAACAUCAACCACGACCAACAUGACAGUGGCUCCCGAAAACGACAGUGACGUGGACCCGCUGUGCUCCGAACCCGGGAAUUGGAUGCUUUUUGUUAGUGUUCUGCAUCCGCAGCUCGUCGAAGAGCAGCAUCUCUUCGCUUCCAUGGGUAGGAGAACAGAGUGGGAGUUUUUCUCCAGUCGGACUGCAUACGCAUUUGCCAAGUUGAAAGCAGAACACGAAUACAAGCGAGACCAUCCGGAUGCGGCACCGCUGGAGGAACGGCAUAAAAACGCAGGCGGUUUCUCGCGAAAACACAUUCCCACACGCUUUAACAUUCACAAGAAAGAAGGAGAACCCUGGUGAAUAACCAGAGGACUUUACCAAAUCCAUCUGAACAAACCAUAUGCAGCAUGCAAAGGUGCAAAUAUACAUAGUCCUGUGAAGAUCAUGGGACUGGUUUUUUCUUUCAUGAAAAAGAUCAACCACAUUCACUCAU